GCGAUACCCAAGUAAACUCAGUAUAUUUUCGCAACUGUUUCACGGUCUCCCUAGUCAAAACAACCCAUAAAUGAGGCGAUUAAAUAAUUUAGUGACUUUCUUCACAGCCAUAACUGCCUUUUUCUUUGGUAGUUUCCUCACAAAGAUACUCAGCUCCGUAGACCAAUGUCCGGCGCACCGAUACAGAAUUCCCCACCUGGAGCCGCACCCAAACCUCUUCCUUAUGGUGUUGGUGCUCAGCGCACCACACAAUGCAGAUGAGAGGAACGCGAUGCGGAGCACCUGGCUGGCAAAUGCGGGUCAAUCCCUCGCACAGCCCUAUUUUCCCGAGGAGUUCAUUUAUCUUCCGGCAUUCAACGCCAAUGGCCACUUGCAGGUGGAGCUGGUUGCGGAGCAGGCGAGCCGCCUAAGGCAGUACACGGAUUGGCAAAAAAGGCUGCUGGCGGAAGAUCCACCAAAGACAAAAAGAAUGAUUACCGUGAAGCACGUAUUUUCCAUUGGCACAUUAGAUUUAAGCAGCUCCGCGCUGGCAGAGCUGGAGAAGGAGCAGAAGCAACACAAUGAUCUCUUGCUGCUAAACCGGCACCAUGACACAUACAGGAAUCUUACGGCGAAGCUCAUGCAGUCCCUAGAUGUCUUGAGACGCCACUACGAUUUCUCAUAUGUGCUGAAAGUGGACGACGAUACCUACGUUAAGCUGGACAGUCUAGUCAAUACGCUAGUUUCCUACGAUCGAAAGUUACUUCGCAAGAGGUUGGAGUACAGGUACACCUUGUUGCCUCAGCUUUAUUGGGGCUACUUUAACGGACGAUCCACAAUUAAAACGAAAGGCCAGUGGAAGGAGUCUAGUUAUUACCUUAGCAAAAACUACCUGCCGUAUGCACUGGGCGGGGGAUACGUUUUGUCCCAAAACUUGUGUGACUACAUUGUCAAUAACUCCCAACUGCUGUCUGCUUAUGGGUCCGAGGAUGUCUCCGUUGGCACCUGGCUCGCCCCAUUGCGUCACGUCUAUCGGUGGCACGAUCCCAGAUUCGACACCUCCUACGCACCGCGCAAAUGUCGCUCCUAUCAUAUGGUGUUGCACAAACGCAGUGGGCAGAUGAUGAGGGACAUCCACGAUGGUGAACCAUGCAGUGGCACUGGUUCGAGCAUAUUGUCUGAUUACUAUUACGAUUGGACGAGAACAGCGGACAAAUGCUGCGACAGCUUAGUAGUGUAGCAAUGUCAUGGACUGGCAUACCCUCGCUCAACUGGCCACUCCUUCAUGGGUCUUCAUUUGCUUUACCACCAGCUACCACGAUUAAACUGGCUGUGCAGAGCUCCUAGCUGCGCUUUGCAUUUGCAGCAAGUAAUAAAAAGGAUUCAAGGUGUACACUUUA